AUGGUACUUGGUUGUGCUCUUGAAUUAGGCAUACCUGAUAUCAUUCAUGAUCAUCAAAAACCAAUCACGCUUCAGGAAUUGGUCUCGAAGCUCAAUAUCUCCGUUGAGAAAACCCUUCAUUUGAAACGGCUGAUGCGCCUGUUAAUGCACUCCAACUUCUUUUCAGUCGCCAAGUUUCAUGAUGAAGAAGGUGAAGAUGAAAAAGAAGGUACUUUCCAAUCCCUAGGAAGGUGGUUUAAUAGAAAUGAAUUAAAUGCGUUUGAGACUGCUCAUGGAACUCAUAUAUGGGAAUUUGCUGACAAGAACCCAAGAUUCAACCAACUUUUUAAUGAUGCAAUGGCAAGUAACUCUGAAAUGAUGAAGUUGGUGGUAAAAGAGAAUAAAGAACUCUUUGAAGGUGUGGAUUCAUUAGUUGAUGUUGGUGGUGGAAAUGGAGCGAAUGCUAAGAUUCUCCUUGAAGCAUUUCCUCACUUGAAAUGUACUGUUUUUGAGCUCCCACAUGUUAUUGCAUACAUGGUGGAUACUAAAAAUCUCAAAUAUGUUGGAGGUGAUAUGUUUCACUCUAUCCCAUCUGCGGAUGCGAUCAUUUUGAAAAAUAUUUUACAUGACUGGAGUGAUGAAGACGUGUUGAAGAUACUGGAAAGAUGCAAAGAAGCGAUUGCGGUUUCUCCAAGUGAUGGGAAAAAAGGGAAGGUAAUUAUCUUAGACAUGGUGAUAGGUGAUUCAGAUGACCAUGAACGCCAUGAGAUAACAGAAGCCAAGCUGUUCUUUGACCUCAAGAUGAUGGCUUUGGCUACCGAAAAAGAGAGGACCAAAGACGAGUGGGAGAAACUCUUCCUCCAAGCGAAUCUUGAUCAAUACAAGAUAACUCACAUCUCUGGCUUGAUGUCUGUCAUUGAGUUAUUCCCGUAGAUUUUUCCUGUAUGGUGGGUUUUGUGGCUAAAGUUUUCAAAGUCUAUUUUACUUGCAUUUGAAUAAGGUCCUCGGGUUGUCAAAAUUCAAAAAUAUGUAAAUAAUGUUCUUGAACAAUGUCCAGCUGGAUGUGUUACAU